AUGGCCUCUCGUAUAGUAAACGACCUUUCACGAUACUUGUUUCUGGUAGGUACAAUGUUGUUGAAGCUUUAUCAGCUUACAUCUUUGUGCACAGUUUUAUUGUUUAUGUUGAUCUUGAAAGCGUUUUUCAUAGUUAUUGAUGCUUAAUAGUUAAUCUUCUGUCAAUUAGUGAAGCUCCAGUCAAUUUAAUAACUCUCUUUUAGUUCUUUAGCGAUCAGGGACCCGUUUCUGGAAAGACCCGGGAACUUUUCAGGCCCGAAAGGAAAUUUUGAAAUUAAAACCUGUUAGAUAGUAGCACAAUUCUUAGCCCACAAACCAGUCAAUUUUGCUUCGUUCACUAACAGUUGCACUGUAUUAUUUUCUAAAUUAUUGAAACCUCGAUCUUGAACUCAGUUGAACGCAAACACAACAAUCCGGGCCCGAAAAGUUACCGGGACUUUCGAGAAACAGCCCCCAGAUCCGCAACUUUUGCGAAAUUUUAGUCUCAAAUUGAACUGUUUCGAGCUAUACGGACGUCGCUUUUCUUUUACGGACGUCCUGUUUUUCAUUUUCCCUUUUCUGAGAACUUGAUCACAACAUUCGAGUGACGUGUAUCACUACACCCGAUGCGGUUUUCUGACGUAAAUAAUAAUUGUCAUUGAAAGUGAUUCACUUCCAAUUCCCGUUAAGCUAAUAUAAGAAAUACACAUUGUAUACUUCACUUUUCCUCUUUACUUUUUGUAAAAGUAAGCUUUAAAAAAGCGUGUACUCCAUAGCCGCGUUCAUUACUACUAGAACGUUCUGAAUCUUUGUUAUAGUUGACCAACUUUUAUUAUAAAGGUGCUAUGGACAAUGUAAUCCUACUGCUUUAAAACAUUUUUACAAUUGAUUUGUUGAUUGAAACCUGUUGAUUUGUUUCAGCUGGUAAAUAAAAUAUCACCAUAGGCUUAGAAGUUAGCAAAUCUGCUAAUUACUGUUGAUGCUCACAUAAUUAUAAUUUUUGUCUGAAAACAAAUGGCAUAAUUUUUUUGUAAGAUCUAGACAAUGAAUGAUAUGCAUAUUUUGAGACCAUGAAAACAACCAUUUAGUUAAUUUUGUGAAAACUCAUGGUCUUUUAACGUUUUUUUUACUGUUUAAAAUCAUUUUUCGUUUACUUCCUGAUCAUCUACAACGUAAGUCGUUACCUAGUUGAUUUAUAUUUGGCCAUACUAAACUGUUAGCCAAUAUUUUUGGCUGGAGAGCAGAUUCUGAGAUAUAGCAUCGUUGCAUGUCAUUUGACACGAGUUAGAGUUAGAAUGUUUCUUGUGAUAAAUAUUGUUUUGCACACAUAAAUGAGAGCCUUUAAGAACUCAAGUCAUAAGCUCUGUUUCCACUUCUUUCAUAUUGUUUUUUAAUUUUAAAUGUGUAUGCCUUCAGUGACACAUAAUUCUUUUUGAAACAUUUUCAAUGUAGACAAAUUGUUUAAGGCAGAGAAAUACAGAUAUUGUUCAAGUACUGGCUACUUAACUUAAGAUUAAGAAAUAAAGUUUAUAUUGGACCAAGACAGCUCACACCUUUGAGAAAAAAUCUUUCGAUUUAAGCUAAUGAAUUUUGGGCUUUUAAUAUUCAGCAGUCAGUCUGCUAAAGUCAAAAGAAUACUGAUUUAAUUAAAUUUUUAUUCAUUUGAUGCCACUGGCAGUAUUUGGUUGACACUGUAUUGUGUUGAACAAAAGUGGAUAUACCUCAUUGGUUCCUGUGAAUCACUCGUUGGAACAAUGCAAAUAAUAAGUAGUUAAAUACGUCAAGCAGUUACUUAGCAGAAACUACGUAAUCCUUUUUAAAAAAGUAAAAGGAAUAUCAAUUGCAUGGAAACAACACUCUGGUAUACCACUUCAACAUUUACAAACUCAUGAGGUCAUGUUUUCAACAAAUUUUUUGAAAAGCAUGUCAUAUGACAUUAUUAGAAUCCACACAUUCUAGGAUACAAUAAACCUAUUUUAAUGUCUGAUCCCUAGUAGCUAGUAAUUCUAAAAUCUUCAUAAACUUAAAGGUUCCUAGCUUUUAGCUAUAUCUCUGUUUGGUUGUUUCUUUUUAUCUGCUAAAUAUUAAUUGAUUUUUGUUAAUUCACAUAAUUUUGUUCUGUGAGCUACUGAAAACACUUUUGUGACAUGCAGGGGUUUCAGUAAAAAUUGAAGUAGCCAGCAAGGUUGAAUAGGGUAACCGACUGUAUCAAAAAAGGGCUGUCGGCUCCUUUCUUCUCAGGGGAGUCUAGCGGCAUUCUCUCCCAGGAAAUUUUGAAAUCUUUGGAAGCCGUAAAAUGCAAUUUUCAGCAUUCUGUGCAAGAGAUUUAGUAAAACUUGACUUACAUUUGAUGCUCAUGCAAUGAUAAUCCUUUUGCCUAGAGGUAUUUGUGCCUUUUUUAGGGAUAUUCACAGAUGUAAUAAUAUUGACAGAUUUUUGUGAAAGUCGUUUCUCACAGAUGUCUGAAAGCGCAAUAUAUCUUUAGCUCUAAGUUAGGCAGUGUGAUUUUCUUUGGUUCUCUUAUAUGUGCAUUGUCAUCUGUGGUUGAUUCUGUAACCCCUACAAUACCAACAUCCACAUAUACUGAUUCUCCAGACUGAUAAUUUCCAUUUAUUCCUUUAUCAAAUCAUUUAUGAACUUCAGUGAUCAUUUAAAUACCUUAUUGCUUGAUAUGUAUGAUUGAAUAUUGUUUGGCAAAAAUUAAUGUUGGUUACUUUUGGACACUUAAUUUGGGUCAAGUAAGAGUGAAGGAUCUCAAUAUUGAUAAAUUAUUUAAGUUGAAAAGAAGCAGACUGUUGUCUUAAAAGGUUAAGCCUAUGCUCCUCUGACCACCACACAAUUCUCUGAUCUUACAAGCUAUCUGUUUCUGCCUUAUAAUUAUAUUUUACUAUUUCAUUUUACUUUGCAAAGUUAACUGAGUUCAUAAUGUAACAUCAGGUGUGAAUAAAAUUUAUCUAAUAAACUCAUGAAGUGAACUUCCGUUUUGGUCUGCACCCUCAAUGUACCCAGAACCUUUCAAAACUAGUAGUUUUUAAUGGAAAGUGAAGUGCCGCUAGUAAAGCAUGACAUUUUGAAUAGUUUGAAUCAGUUGCAAUUUCUUUCGAUUUUUGAUAGUUGCCACUAACCGUGUCUAUGCAUGCAAUGCAACACGACACUCGAAGGUGAAAAAAAGUGCGUGUAUCAAGGUACAAUAAAUUAUUGUAUAAAAGUCCGUGAGAGUAAAUCAGCGUAUUAUUUAUCUGAAACCUGUCCACAAUGAGGCUAAGAGCUCAAGAGCGAUGGAGUUAGUGAACAAGUUAAACGAGUGAAUUUCCAGUCGAGUUCAAUAUUAAACUGUGGUGCAUCACGCUUGGCAAGCGUAUCAAAUCAUCUUCAACCUUUGCUUCUGCUGUGUAUAAAAGGUUUUAUAACCCCCUGGGGAGAACAAACCUUGUCACACAUUCCAGAAAAGCUCUUAAUAACUAGAGCAAUUUAUCAAUUAAGCUUCAAUAAAUACAAUAAAGCCUGCCUGAAUACAAAUUUGGCCAAAACACCAAAUUUAUCUACGGUAGAGUUCCAGAAAUUGCUUCGAAUAUCGGUUAGAGAAACAUGUCGCUUCAUGUUCACAAGAAUUUUUUACCUUCACUUGCAUUCAUACUCUUCGCUUGUGAAAACAUGAUUCUCUACACAUAAACAGGAUUUCUCGGCCUUAAGUUUUCCAUAGCCCACUUUAUCAAUAGUCGAGUGUUCUUGGCUAGAGGACACAGUAUUUACUUUUUCUUUCAGGGUUUAAUUCUGAAUCGAUUGGCUAUGACCAAAAGGGCCUGGAUUUGAUGACCAUGAAAUUGAGGCAAAAAAGUGAUAUGCACACAUACAUACAUACAUACAUACAUGCAUACAAACGUACAUGUAUCCAAAACUCUCAAAUGGGGCUGGCAUUGGGCACAGGCAAGACAGGCUUUUCAUGUAUGCGACCUGAAUUAGUCUAGGCUUCGCAGCAAUAAAAUAUGAGUCUUAUAUAUUAGCUUUUAAACUAAAACUAUUGCUGGUCAUUAUUUCAAUAGUGCAUAUGUCAGUUUCAUUAUAUUGCCAGGAAAAUGCAUUUAUCUUUACGAAUUAGCAUUCAUUUUCAUUAUUAUCAAAGAUUCGUUGAGCAUUUUUGCGUGAAAUACUACACCAAUGCAAGGAAUAUCUAGUUGUCUCAGAUCAGUACGGGUUGAAUGGCUUUAUUAAAAGUACUGAACACAAACUUGAAAGUUAUUUUUUGAUGAUUCCUUUUUUGCUGAAAGAACCAACAACAAAAAUGUCCUGAGGGCUGCAUGUACUCUAGUAGUGCCCGCUGUUGCCCCUGGCUCCGAAUUUUUGCUCCUGAGUGACUAGAAAAUCUUAGUUUUUUCAUGCAAAUCAUCUGCUGGGCACCCUAGAUUUCACAGUUUCAGAGCAUCCAAGCCCUUCAAUUUUCCUUAAAGCACAGCUUUGGUCCUUACAAACAAGAUUACAAAUGUAACCAGAAAUAAACCUAUUUUGCAACUCAAUCACAAGGUCCAUCAACAAGACUGUUUCAUAAUCCUCGAUACUUUUAAAACACAUGUCAGUUUGAGUUGAAAAGAAAGUUAGUCAUUUCUGUUAUUAUGUAUGCUAAAAUUCUCUGGUAGCGGAGGCCUUCCUCUUUUCCAGCAGGGAAAUGCAUUAGCUAUAAAAAUAUGUGAGAUUUGUGAUUUGUGUAUUCAAUGAUUUUAUUAUUACAGUUGAUGUGGAUGGGUAUAAAUGCAGCACUGUUUGUCUCAACGUACAUGAAUUACGGACAUACAAAGAAGUACACUUAUUUGAGACAGAUUAUCAAGGUAUGGAAGACUGUAUUCAUGUAGAAUAAAUAAAUUAUAUUAAAAAUGAUGAUAUUUGUCAGAUAGAGAGGGUGUCGGGAUGGCUAUUUCUUGUAAUCUAUUGUUGGUUUUAACUGGCUGUGUUGCUGUUUUUAGGGUGGGCUACCUUUUGCUCGUGGUGCUGCAAUGGUGUUGAAUUUCAACUGUACGUUAAUCCUGCUGUCGAUGUGUCGUAACAUUAUUUCUCUUAUCAGGAGUAAUCUUAAGGUAAGACUGAAGUACAUGUACAGGCAUGCUUUCUUAAGUGAUUGUGAGUUUAUAUGUAUGGUUGGGCAUCUCUUCUUGGAUUGGCUUUUUUCUCACUAAAAAUGGAUUAUCUGUCUCAGAUGCGUUAUCUGUUAAAUAAUUUGCAUCAGAUAGAUAAUUUGUCUUAAUGUGAAAGCAGAACAGUUUUAAUUUUGGACGAAUAAUCCAUCUGACUGUAUUUGUUUGAUUUUGUGUCAACUUGACGGAUUCUGAAGAUGGAUUAUCUGUGUCAGAUAAUCAGUGUCUAGAAUUGUGAAAACAGCCAUUUAUGAAAGUGGAUAAAUUUUAAGUAAAACUGUUCUCAGGUUCAGUGUACAAAGAAAGUCGUGUCUGAUAGCCCGGAACUACCCCGGUACGAUGUAGGUGGAUUUUUCAAUGUAGAUGGAAAAGUGUAUUUUUAUAGUGGGAUUUCAAUUUCCAGAUCUGGAGGUACUGUAUAAAUAGCCAAAAUUGCCCAAAUUCCUGAUAAAUUCAUGAGGAUCAAAAGCUGCUUUUCAAGCUGAUAUGACAAAUUGAAAUUAUUACUUAAACCCAGUGUUCUCUCUAAAUUUUAGCUCAGCAGGCGAGUGACCAUUCUUGACCAGCAAUAGAGGCGCACUUUCCUGGUGGGGGGGUUUUUACGUUCAUGAAGGCUUUUAUUUUUGAGCAUCCUGUCCAACAAUUGACUGAAAAGUAAUUUAAACACCUCAAAACAAAGACUUUUUUAAAUGAAGGCUGCCUUUGCUACUUGGGUCAAUUUAGUAACAACUCGCGGAAGUCGUGAACUUUCCUGCUGGUCGAGAAAAUCUAGAAUAAUUGGGAUGAAAGCCCACAAAAAAAAUUAUUGUUAGCCUGCAGUGCCUCGAAAGGUACCAGUUAGCAUUUAAAUAAAGUCAGAGAGAAUAUAGCUGCGUAUACCUUUUUCUUUCUGUAUUUUCUCCUUUUCUUGUGAAGAUCGGCUUGGAGCACAACUUGCAUAUCUUUUGAAACAACUUAUUCAGGGCUUCUGAUAUUUCGCAAGGUUGGAACCCGUGAAAUUCAGGUAUUUCCGCGAAAUCCCGCGAAAUUCCCCAAAAAAAGCUAAAUACCGCGAAAAACUGGGCACUAACCAUAAUGUUAAUAGUAGCAUUCGCUCAUUUCUCGAGGGAACCGUUGUUGAAAGAGCAAAUGAUUAUCCCUGUUAAAAAAAACUUUAAACAACGCUUGUCAUAUCAACGCAAAAUUGAUCGAUUUUAGCGAAAUUUGCCAAAAAAAUCCAGCAAAAUCGGCUGUUUUUUACUGAUUGUUUCUUGGCAAAGUUUCCCCUGAAAUUUCCUGUGAAAUCGGCCGAUUUCCCUGCGAAUUUGCCCCUGAAAAUCCCGCGAAAUUUUGCUUUUUUUUCCGCGAAAUAUCAGAAGCCCUGCUUAUUUCAUUUUAGUAACACAUUAAGCGGUUGCAGGCGGUAAGAAUUGCUGCUUCAUGUGGUAAAUUUUACUGUUUACUGCCUGAUAAGGAGAACUCUGUGAAACAGAAUUAAUCUUCUUUUCUUAAUCAUGUAAUUCUUUGUUUCCUAAUUCUUUUUUGAAUAAUUUUUAUUAUUAAAACUGACAACAGAUGCUAACCUCCAACAGAAAUAUAUGGCUAUUGUGGGUUAAAAUUAAAUUCAGGUGAAAAUUUUUUGACCCAGCUAGUCAUAGGUUUAGGGCAAAAAGACAAACUAACUGAGAAUCAACCUAAUGUUGGUUUAAAGUUUUUUUAUAACCUGAAUUUAAUUUUUACCUGUAAGUAUAUUAAUUCAACUUGAUAUUUUUAAUGUGUGGCCUCUGGUAUUGGCAAUAUCAUCUGUUGCCCUUAUGCUGUUAGUGAAGUAAUCACUUUAAAUUUUUAGUUGACAUUUGACUUGCACAUUUGGUGAUUAUUAAUGAUGUCAUUUUUGUCUCUUUAUUUUUAAUUAGUGUGGCUGGUGUAGUGAUGUUGGAAGGUUGUUGGAUAAGAACAUAACCUUCCAUAAGAUCUGUGCUUACACAAUUUGUUUCUUCACUGGUGAGUGAGUAGAGGCUGGGGGGAUGGGGGGAGGGUUUGGAUUGUCGGAGGUUACCUAAACAAUAAAAUCCCUAGGGCUUCCAACACAACCCCCAAAAUUUGUGAUGUGGUUGGUGUUGCGAUUUUGUAAGGUUGUUGGACAAGAAUGUUACUACUGUGUUAAUACUUAGACAAUUUCUUUCUUUGGUAUAAUUGCAAAGCUGGCAAUCUGGCUACAUACUUCUUUUACUUUGUAGGCCAACUAUGUUAUAAUUUAGCCACAUGUAAACGUUUUCUCAAAUUCAUGCUUGACUAGGAUUUGAUAAUCAGAUGGAAGGUUCUUGCCCAGCAAGAAUAUAUACUUGUCCUGGACUACAUGUACUUGACGGGACAUUUUUUUCCGAGCCCUGUCAGGGUUAUGAAUAAAAAAUUAGGAUUUGAAGGCAAAGGAGAUUUAGAACAAACUAGUGUGAAACCAUUUUAACAUGAAACAUGUACAACAGAAAUAAAGAAAAAAAAUUAAGAUGACGUUUUUCAAUACUUUCCCUAGUGGUUCAUAUAUGUGGACACUGUUUCAACUUGACAAACCUAACACAGAGUCAUUCUGGAGAUGUGUCAAAGAUUGAGCAACGCCUGAGUCAGUUGGACGAUCCAUGGCUGAACCCAAUAAGAACAUCUGGAGUUGUGAGUUGUUUAGUUUAGUAGGGAGCUAUAAAUUAAGUCAAACAUGCUAUGUCAUAUUUUUUGCUAUUCAGUUUAUUAUAAAGCUAAAAUGUGUCUUGGCAUGACAUUAAUUAAAUUCUAGAAAUAAUAGUUUUGUUAGUAAAGGCUAUAUUUAGGCAUUAAAACUGUUUCCCAUUGUCUUUUGCUAUGGAUGGCAAGGAUUAAGGCGUGGAUUGAAAUUUUUCAAGUUUUAAUGCUAUGCCAGCUGCAAAAAUCACCAAAAAACCUUGUUAUGGCGAGUGUUCCCUGAUGAAAUUUGUUUGAUACAAAUAUAUCUUCUGUACAAUUCUACUGGAGCAUUAUUUAGUGUAUUGGUAAAGGCACUAAUUUAUGACUUCAACAUGCACUUACAACUGACGUAAAACAGCAAUAUCCUUGUAACCUAGCCCCUUGACUAAUGAAGACUGGAAAUAUCGCACAUCGUCUAGGAUGACUUGGGACAUUUCAAAGAAUUAUUGGGAAUACAUGUAUUUCCAUUUUCCCGAUGCAUCCCAGAUUUCUGUGAUCAUUUCCGAUCAACCCUUAGCUUGUGUACAUUAGAAAAUUCAAAUUUAAUAUAAUUAUUUUAAUAUAUAGAUUUAGCCAGGGCUAAAAGCGAAGCUCUCGAUAAUAUUUAUAUAGUUUGUUCAAACAAAAUAUAAAAUUGUGUUAUGCUAAGUGGCAAAGGCAAUGCUAGAGAACGGUGAAAAACAACAUUAGGUCCAAUUAGCAAAACAGCAACUUUGCACGUGCAGCACACUUUUUUGUACAUAUCUUUGUCGUUGUUUUGCAUGACUACAAUGUGAAACUUCCAGAAACUUCUUAGUUACACUUUUUAUGGAGGAAAUGUCAUACGUGUUCUUGUUCACUUUUUUUUUCACUGCUGCUCAUUUUCACCUUGCAUUUUGGUGGCCGCUAGCAUUUCUCGUUUUGUCACCGUUGCUACAAGAUUUUCAUGUUGUUCUUCCAACAAAAAAUGUCUCCUUUGUUUCUUAUCUCUUUCUCUAGAUCUCUGUCGCCCUUUUCCUCGUUUACCUUCACUGGCCUGCAGCUUACUUUCUAUUUUUCUCUGUCUUUCUCUUGCUUUAUAUUACAAAUUUGUGGACAUGGCAAUUAGUCUAAGCUUAAUACUUUGAACAACACAGAUACAGAAACAAUUUCCACUUUCCGUUUUUGUCUUUAUUGACUCUUUAUCUUUUUCUGCUUUACAAGUCGCUGGUGGCUAUGUGAUUUCCCGCCAGAAAAACCUCGAGUUGCAUUUGGGUUGCCAUUAACCUGUUGAUUGAGUUAUUUUACAUUGAUAUGCCUGUGUUGGAGACAGACGGCCGGCUAGGUGGGCGUACGGUCACAUGAUUACUAAAUUUUCUUUGAUGGGUAGAUUACUUCAUUUUCUUACCCAUGGUGAUCCGCUGCACGCUUUGCAAGCGAGAGCUCCGCUAUUAGUUCUUUCAACAAUCAAUAGGCGAUUGUUUUUACUUUGUCCUAAUAGACGUUAUUCAGAUACCCUCCAUCUUUGCACACGUUUAUCGACUGAUGGGAUAAAAGCCAUGUCACAUGUUCUGGUUUUUUUGAAAUGCUCUUCAUCAAGAAACUUAAGCCCAAUUUAAAUAUUCAAACGGACUCCAUACGUGCGAAACUCUUUGUUUAAUAUUUUCUCACGUUACAAUUUUUAAUCAGCUGUUGUUGUUUUUUUAGUAUUUAUAGACCAAAAAUCACUAACUUAUUUUGACUUGAUAAUGACGUUCAGCUAACGUCGAAACGUCGUCACUUUUUAGCAAUUUUUUUUAAUCUUAAAAUGAUUUUAAGAAAUGUUUUAUCGCAAUUUUUUAUAGUGAAACACAUGGUUUCUCAGGGUGGAAACAAAUGAUAAAAUGUGCCAAUACAAGAAAUAGCGUUCACGUUUGUUUUACUUAACAGCAAAAAAGGAAAGCUUUAAAUUUAAUCUCAAAGAUGAAAACAGCAAAUUAUGGAUGGAAACAAUCAUUUGGACUUUAUUGAACUCAAUAUUAACUGUAUUUAUCUCCACAACAAGCAAAAAUGACAUAAAACUUGACAAAACCUGAUCUGUACAUCAGUUUGAAUGACUAAAUCUUGUAAUUUAGGAAAUGAGGGAAUAAACAAACUCAACCGUGAUUGCUCUUAUUGGCAGCUUUUAUCAUCUGUUUGUGCCCUGAAAAACCACGUGACGUGACUUUUAUUGCAUCAUUUCUAGAGCAGAUGGCUAUCAUUGUGAAUAAGGUCUGAAAUUUUCCCAACAUAUGUAAACUAUGCUGUUAUAAGAAAAACAUUUUUCUUGUCAACUGAUACUUUUCUGUAAUUGGUAUUCUUAGUUUAAUUUAUUUAUUUCUGUUUCUCGUGCAGGAUCCCGUUUCAGGCCUUUUUAAGACAGGUGAGAUAAUUAAAGCAUUGUCCAGAAAUUUUUAUCCUCUGUUGAUGUUUUGCGUAAAAUGUACUGUCAACAUUUGAGUAAUAACAAUAAUUGUCAUAAUAAUACAAAAUGUAUGAUUUUCAUGCUAGUGAGAAUAUAUGUUGUAGGUGUUUUUUAGGUCAUUAUCUGUUUUCAACUUAAUAUAGGCUGUCCAUUAUUUACUUCAACCUAUUGUAGGUAAAUUUGUUUCAAUCUACAGUCUCAGUCAAAAUUGUUGGGACACUUAAAUUUGCUGUCUUCUUGCCCUCCCAAUGUUGGUGUGUAAGAUUUGGUGAGUUAACUAUGAUAAACAACAUUGGAAGGAUGAGGAGACAGGCCAGAACUGAAAAACAGUGUUGGGUGGAGGCAUUCCAGCUAUUUUUGUCUUAGACUUAUAGGCCAAUUUAGUCCAGAUCAGGUUGAUUAGAUGUAAAUACAGUCAUGUAAAAUGAAGAAACCUCAGUACACCUGUUGUUAAUUUUUUUUCUACUGCACUCUGGUGUGAAGAGGAGGCAUUCCUUCUCCAGACUCCAUGUAAUACUUGAUUAUUCUUUACUUGUUAGCGGCGGGCAUUACAGGCGUCGUCAUAACACUGUGCUUAAUUCUCAUGUUGUCAUCCUCAACAGACCUUGUAAGGUACAGUUGUACAAUAUGUUGACCAUUUUAGUACUAAACAAGCUCAUUUCUAAAUCAGCUUCUUUAAAGUAACCUCUUAGAGCUUGAAAACUUCCAUCAUAUGUUCAUUUAUUUAUCAGUCAUCUGGCAGGAAAGACUUAUACUUGCCUGCAGGGGCCAAAUUUGAAUUGCACGGGCAAAGUGAUAAAUUAACAGUAAUUACCUGCAACUUUAAAAAGAAGUCAAAGUCCUUGCCCAAUAAGUCUUGAGCCUUGUCUUAAGUAUUGAUUGCAUGUAUAAGAUUAGAAAAGGUUGGUCUGCUUACAAUAUUGGUUUUAAUUUUCAUGUAAUUAUUAAUGAACUGAAAGUCUUUUUGGGUUAAAAAAAUGGAAAUAUUUUGUUUUUUCUGCAGGAGGUCAUACUUUGAGACAUUUUGGUUCACUCAUCAUUUGUUUGUUGUGUUCUUUGCUGGCCUUGUGGUACAUGGUACUGGGUAAGUAACUUAACUCUUCAAUGCUCAAGCACCAAUAUCUACAUACAAAUUCUCCCAACUGAUCUCCAUACAUUUCCUUUAAGAAUUAGUAGAGGUGGGGGGGGGGGCUAAGGAUGGCGCAGUGGUGAGAGCACUUGCCUCCCAGCACUUGCCUCACAGUUGGUGGUGACUAAGAUUGCUAUCCUUCAGAACAAUUCUUGCAGUCCUCGUUUGAAGUCGUUCUAAAGAAUUAUAUCUAGAAGAAGCUAAGUUGUUCCAAACAAAAUUGCAAUAAUCUAUUUUUGGAAGUAUCAUGGUUAGAGGGUUAAAAGGUUAAUAAAUGCUCUAACAAUGUAUAUGUAAGAGCCAAAAUAAUAAGGCACUUGUUGACUACUAAAAGUGGCAGCAAAAACAUCACAGUCUCAAAUUGGUUCAUUACGGGUUUUAUUUUUAGAAGGCUGCUGUGGGCACAAACCUGAUACAUACUCAAAUAAUAGAUCAGUGCCUGUAGGGAGGGGAGUGCCACGGGUGCGCUCACACCCCCCACCCCCGCCCCCCCCCCCACAGUCACCAGAGGUCCACUUUUUUUAUUGACCAGCGAUCAAAAACAAAGUGACGUAGAAAUAUUGUUCUAUUCUAAUUUACUGAUUGUGUAGUGAAAUUGAAAUGCUGUAAAAGAGGUCACAAGCCUGCUGACUCAUCCUUUCCACAAAACAUGUCUUUUAGCCUUUGUAAAGUAUGAAAAGGGGACUUAAUGUGCCCACAAGACAUUUUUUCAUUGCUCAAUAAAAUUCCCUUAAGGGUUUGUUUGCCAUAGUUUUCUGCAACAAGUGUUGAAUCUGAAUUGCUAUUUUAAUAGUCGGCGAGUAUGAGAUUCCCCAUCAGCAUUGACAUGCUGGACCCAGCUCUUUGUGUUACAAACUCCUAUUCAUGCUACACAACUCUUGUUACUGUUAGCUUGACACUUGCUGCAGGGACCUUGCAGGGGGAGGGACCAGAAGGGGUCUUUAGCCCCUCCACUUUUUAACAGUAAAAAGCAAGUAAUACUAAAAAAAUCGAAGUUACUUUUCUGUUUAGUGUCUCACCAAAAAACUGAUUAUUCCUGGUGGACAAAGGUUGUUAAUUAACUUUUAUUAUCAGUAUCCUGGCCCCGAAUUGAAGGACAAGAUAUAGAUUUUUGUUUGUAAGAGAACCUCACGGGAAAACGGCUUAAUUCAUGAUUGGUUCGUUUCAAUCCGAACUCAUUAGCAGGGUUGAUAUAUAAGACGUUUCACAGCACAAAUCCUGCUGUCGAGAGCUUGUGUUCAGUGGCUGGGAAAGUACCAUUAUUUUAUUCUACCGUAAAUUUGCAGCAAUGAAAGUGAAGCUACUAUUCUUCUUUUCUUUCGUUCUUGCAUUAGCUGCUUUAUUUUAACAUGGAGCUUUAUAAACUUCCAUCAUCCAAUAAGGUCGAAGGUUCGGAGAAUAGUAACUGUUGUUGUGGUAUCAUGCGCUUUGUGGGGAAAAGUUUUUAAGGCAACGUUUUUUGUUGCUGAAAGUAUGUAUGUUUCACCACAACAUGUUAGUUUUAAAUGCAUUUCCAGCCAUUUCAGAGGGCUCAAAUUAAAAAAUUUUCCAGGGGAGCAUGCCCCCGCACCCCCUACACUAGUUGUCUCACGCUGACGUGUUCAAAGUGAGCCCCCCCCCCAAUAGACCUUUUUACCAAUAUGGUGGCCAUAUUGAAUUACUUUGAUUUAAGGAGUAUUAUGGGAUGCCCGGGGAGCAUGAGCACAAUCCUUUGUACUUGCUUAGUAUUAGAAAUAUGGCUUUCACUUUAAAUUUCUCGGGAAAAAGGGAAUCAUUAUUAAAUCCUAACACAGCACAACGAUCUUUAUUUCCCAUUACAAUCCUAUUCUAAGGAAACUUUAAGAAAAAUUGCCCCAAAAGGUACUUGUAAAUAGUAAACAGAAUAUGCUCAUGCCCCCUGGGCAUCCCAUAACUCUUUAAAUCUAACUUAUUCAAUAUGGCUGCCGUAUCAGUAAAAAGGUCUAUAGACAACCUCCUGUGCAAUUCAGUCUUAGACAACAUAAGCUCCCCCACCUAGAGACUUGCCCCUUCGGCCUCAUUUGGUCUGUCUCUUUGUUGCAUCGCACUAUCCAUAAAAAAACCCUGGCUACAGACCUGUAAUAUGUUAUAUGUGUACAGGAAAAGGAAGAUCAGAACUUACCUGGCAAUCCAUGCGCAUUUCAUGAACGAUGCAGUUCUUCAUUCAAUCGCCCCUUUGAAUUGGUGCUUGCUUUACAAGGAAUAAUAAAGGUUAACUAAUUUUGUAGAUGGCAACCCUGCUUAUUUAUCUACCAUAUGCUUUUUAAACACUCCUUUAACAUCCAUAGACUUUCAUAAAAAACAGUCCUGAUCCUUGACACUCAAAUCUUGUAACAAUGUGCUUUUUAUAUAAAUCAAAGAAAUGAUUGCUCAGACAGCUCCAUGCUUAUUGUGGUGUUUGCUGAUUUUAAUUUUUCCUUAAUUUUCCUCUAACACAUAAUUCAUUGAUUGCUUGUGAUGUCUUGUGCUUUUAGGGAUCUACUUCGUUAUCAGACAGAGGAAAGCAUGGACAUACAUAAGCCAGAGGUGUGCUUGAAGGAUGUGAAACUCUGGAAUAAAGAUUCAAAUAGUACUUGUUAUUCCGAAAAGCCUGUGUUUAAAGCACCUGGUGCCAUGGUGGGUAGAAAUGGGUAAAGUAACUGUUAGGACCUUAACAGGGUCGAAUCAGAAUAUUCAGAAGGGGGUGGCUGGGACAGUUACGCACUAGUUGCCAGCUACUUGUAUAUAGAUACUAUUUUAUCUUACUAGGAAUUCUUACACAUCACACAGAAAAAGGGGUGGCCAUGGUCCCCUUGGCCAACACCUAACUCCACCUUAUUUAUUAUAUACAUACUGAGAAAUACUCACCAAAAAGCUAUGUCAUAAAUUUUCGUACGCAAAUUAGUUCUAGCCAAUCAGGGGAGCGAACGAUGGUUUUCACACGUGAAAAACAUGAUAUAUCCGAUCAGAAUCACGAACGAAGUUUUUUCACAUGUGAGAAAAGUGGUACGUCCAAUCAGAAGCCACAGAGGUGUCUGAGUUUCGCGCCAAAAUUCCCGCCUUUUAUUGCAGCUUACAGUGCCGCUUCACACACAUUCAACGAGAAAAGUUUUACACAAAGGGUUUUUCUCGCUAAAAAAGUGAAAAACAUUUCGGAAAUGGCACUCGUUGUUUGUGCGCUCACUUUUUCGAUUUCUGAUACGUCAACAACUCGUGCGUAAAUACCGUACACCAGCACUUUCCAUGAAGUAUUCUCUAUAUGCUUAAGGUAGUUCCUUUGUUUUGCCCUGCGCCUACACAUUACCUAUAGCACAUAACAUUGCAACACCAAUGGGGGCUGAGAUUUUCAUCAGUCGCCUAACGAGAGGUUACAGGCAGCAAAGGCCCCUUUUGAAGUCCAAAUAGUUUUUGAUUAAUUGCUACCUGCACAAGGCAGUUAGCUAUUUUUGUCUGAGAGCGUCUGAGCGUCUGAGAUCUUGAUCUGUCUAAAAAUUUGUGUGGAAGUUUGUUUCGCUAUUUGUUAGCAGUUCCCAGUCCAUGCCGCAUAGCACCCUAUGAAGCGAAGUUAAAUGGCAGCCAAAAUCUUACUAGUGUGAGCGCUAUUAAAGAAAGUCUAUCAUUCUUUCUGACCACACUUAAAAGGAAAUGGCCUUUAAUAAACUUGUUUAGAGUUUCUUAGCACUCUUCAAUUUGUGACCUCUUGGUUAGACAUUUGUGAGUGUUAUGUAUGAGGCUGAACUCGAAAUCGGACGUGAUUGCGAGGGACAGCUUAAUAUUUUCUGUAAUGCAGUUUUCCUUGUCAUGCAAGUUGUAAACUAAGUUAAGUAUUUUGGGAAGGUUGUGAAUGUUUAAGUGAGGAAUUGAGGGGAAGAAACAUUCUUCUAUGUGUUUCACAGCCCUGUUGUUCCAUGAGCCCAACCAGUUUUCAGCUGUGGAUCCUUGUGGAUCAUGAUCGAACACAAUCAAUAACAGAAAUCUUGUUAUGAGGAGACAAUUUGUCUCAAGGCACCCUAGAGAAUCAACUCAACAGAAUCAUUUUUUGCACUGCGAAUUGAUGAUCACGCCAAUCAACCAAUCCAUCAAUCAGUGGGUUUCAAUUUGAAGAACCGAAAUAAAUUUAAAAAAAUGAUAAUACAAUGAAUAUUUAGCUGGCAAAUCCCAAAUCCUGGUAAUUAUGAGAGAACUGGUCCAAACUAUGUUUUUUUCCAGGUACUAUCUUAGAGCUGUCAUUAUUCAAUUUUCAUACAGAUGUAGCAAAUAAAGAAUCCCUGUCUCUGUAAAAUCUUACACAAAUGUAUUGCAGUGUCAAUCAUCUUUACAUGUAUGUUGCUUUCCACUAAAAAUGAUCACCCACAACAUCAAGUGACCUCAACCUUAACAUGUGUUAUGGAUUAUGGCGCCUAAUGACAGCUCUGCCGUGUUUUGUGGAUUCUUAAGUGAUCUGCAGGGAAAAGAUGGUACAAUUUCUACUGUGUUGACCAUUGUAUUGUCCUUAUAUGUAGAUUUCAAAAGGAGAUCACUUUUUUUGUAUACAUUGCAUUAAUUUGUAUAUUUGAGUGGACCUGAGUAUAAUUAAUCAAAAUACUUUAAAUGCAGACUGUACCUCCAAUUUUAUUAUAGUGACUAUUGACUGACAGUUUUUACUUUUAGACAUGGAAGUUUGUCAUUGUUCCAAUGAUCCUGUAUUGUUUUGAGCGCCUCCUAAGAGUGUACAGGUCUUUUCAGCCAGUGAAGAUUAUAAAGGUGCAGUAAAUAUUUAGCAGUGUGUAAAUUAACGUAAAUAUUUGCCGUACAUAAUAUUUUCUGGUGUUGCAUUUUUUUUUAUUUUUGACAUUUUUGUUUGGUUUAUUUUAUGACAACACAAGCAGCACUUGAUUGAUGCCAGACACAAUGAUACUUUUUAGUUCAGUGGAACCUUGAUAUAACAAACCUCUAUGUAAUGAAGUCCUUGGUUAAAUAGGGAAUGAUUUUCUCUACUCCAGUCAUUAUGAGAAAGAACUUUGAUAUAAUGAAACCUUGUAAUAGCAAACAAAUUUUCCUAGUCCCUUGGCUGUUCGUUAUAUCAAGGUUCCACUGUAUCAGCAGGUUGUAUGUGUGAAUUGUACAGUUGACUCUCUCUCAACAGACACUUCUAAAAGACGAGCACCCCACUAAAACACACACCUUAAGUUGGUCUCUACCUUUCUUUACUCCCAUUGUUUUACUCUCUAUAAGACAGAAAUCACUCUUUGAUAGACAUUAAGUGCCGGUCCCAAAUGUGUGCGUCUGAGAGUGAGUUGAAUUGUCUAAUCUACUCAGCCAUGGUGUUAAAGAAUUUAGUAUUACCUGCAUGCCUUUUGAUCGGCUGAUGUACUUGCUGUCAGCUAAAAUGUGAGCUCAUAGAUGGUUGGUAGUGAAAAGUUGCUGUAUGCAGAGAAGUAAAAGGGUCAAAUAUGAAAAUUGCCCAUAAAUCCCUUUAAAUAUGUACUUGUAAAAUGUUACAUUGAAAACAUUCUAGUUUUUAUGCACUCUUAAUCUGCAUCUGCUCAAUAGUUUUGGCUUCAGGCUUAAAUUAUUGUCCUACUUUAAUAAUCAGUGGACAGCAAUCUCCAAUCUCCCUGUAUCUUAUAUUGUUACAUGUAAAGGCCUGUAGCUUGUUGGUUUAAUGUACUAUCUUUAUUUACAUACUCUGUAAAAGGUCAUCAAACAUCCAUCAAGAGUGCUUGAGAUUCAAAUGAAGAAAGAGGGCUUCACAUGCGAGGCUGGACAGGUGAGUAACAAAUCAAACACAGGGGUCUAGCCAGGAAAAAAUUUCCAUCAAAAAAUUCAUUUUUAAAGGGACUGUGUCACUAGUUGCAGUUUAGCCCAUUUUGUUUAUUUUGGCUAGUCAUUAACAUUAGGAAAGAAAUUACUUUUCACAGGGUAGCUAGGAAAGUGAUUGAAAGGGGUUAAUUUGAUGAGGACUCACCUUGAGGGGUAGCUGGGAUAAACUAACACCUCCCAGCUGAUAACUCUGAUGGUCGCAAAUUUUUAGUGCAAAAAUCUUAGAUAAAUAAGAUCGAAUUAUUUUGUUAGCAUGGAAGGGGUACAUGUAUAUGUAGAGUCAACACUGAUAAUAAGGGUGUAUGCAAGGGUAAAGCAUUCUAAGGUUUUUGCAACAUGACUCAGACAUUGUCACACAAUAAAAUUGUGCAU